AUGUCUGUUCCUCGCGUACUCCUUCUCGGCGGUCAUGGCAAGAUCGCCCUCUUCCUGACUCCCCUCCUGCUCGCCCGCGGCUGGGAUGUGAUCAGCGCCGUCCGUGACCCCAAGCAUGAAGCUGAUAUCCUCAAGUUCAACAAAAGCGACGAUGGCAAAGCAGGCAAAGUAAGCAUCUCGCUCGCUGACCUGGAGAAGAUCAAGAGCAGCGAUGAUGCUGCGGGCGUCAUAGCCGCUACUAAACCAGACUAUGUCGUCUGGGCUGCUGGAGCCGGCGGCAAAGGCCCCGUCGACCGUACCUACGCCAUCGACCAAGAUGCUGCAAAACACUUCAUCCACGCCAUCAUGGCUGGCCCCAACAGCAUCUCCAAGUUCCUACUGAUCUCGCACAUCGGUAGCCGGCGCAAGCCCGCUCCUUGGUGGUCAUCUGCAGACUGGGAAUCGGUAGACCGCAUCAAGGCUGCACUGCCGGAUUACUACAAGGCCAAGCUUGAUGCAGACGAGUACUUCUCCGUCAUGGCAGCGCAGCGCAGGGAGAAGCACGGAGAUAGUAACUUCCAAGCAAUCAAUUUGCGCCCUACCACGCUCUCUGACGAGCCUGCGACGGGUAAAGUUGAGUUCGGACGUACGGGGACAGGAGACCGAGUGCCGAUUCCGCGUGAAGACGUAGCUCUUGUGGCUGACGAGGUGUUGGCUUGCUCGAACGUGAAGGGUUACCAGGAUUUGAUCAGUGGCCAGACGCCGGUUAAGGAGGCCGUUGAUAAGGUUGGGAGGUCGGGUCUUUGCUGCUUUGAGGGGGAAGAUCUCGAGGCUAUGCGUGAGAGGUUCAGGGAGUCUCUUGCUUAG